AUGGACAGUGUCACCUAUGAAGUUGAAGAGCUAAAGGGUUGCACAAUUCGACGCACUGUCGAGAAAAGACUGCACCCGCCGAUGGAUUGCGGUUCGGGAGCUCUCCAUAUGCCGCAGAUCUAUGCUUCACUUGACAACAUGGUGGCGGCAAUCGCAUUGCACUCUCUACUCGAUGAGAGACACCCCGAGAUAGGAGGAAAAGCCUCAAUCCUUACAGAUGGACCAAUAUCGGAAGCAACAUAUUCGGAACGCUGCAAGGCGGGUGAGGGGGUUCUUUUCAAACCAUCGAAGAAGAUCAAAUCUCUACAAUCCCUGCGCAUCCGCCACCACUACUUGCCCAGCUACACCGAGAAAGAGGUCCCACUGACUGCAAACCCCAGCGAUCAAGAUUCAGGGAUCCAGUCGGGGCUGGUUCAAGAGGCGGGAAAGGUCCGCAUCGGUGAUGAUACAUGUGGACCAUACAAGACAGGGAAAGGCCAACGGAAAGAAUACGUGACUCUACCCAGGCAGAUCCCGGAGCUACACGAGGUUAAGCGUCAGCCGGACUUCGUCUCCGCAUGUGAAAAACACCUAAUCCAUUCACCUGCCAACCAUCGUACACUAGAAAGAGCAGCUACCAUUAUGUCUCGACAAACAUUGCCCGCUCGUGCCAGACAGAAACAGUUCCACCGCGAAUUACCCAUCUCAAUCAUGUCUUCAUUUGAGUACUCCGCGGAUCAGCAAAUCAACAUCGCCUGGGUCUUUCAGGUGGCCAACCAUCUCGAGGCGAACGGGAUUCCAGUUGGCCUGAUGAACCGAUGUCUGUUCAGGGCGAGGGAAGAAGAAGACCAACUAUACAUGGAUCCGACCAUUGAUCUGGACGUCUCAGACGAUCUUCUGAAACAAGCCGUGAAAGUUCUGGCUGGCUGUGGAGCUUCUGUAUCUUCGGGCGCCUCUGAAAGCGUACAAAUGUUUCGCCGAGAUUCUCCCACUGGGGCAGGUCCCGGCCCGGGCCUGUCUCAUGCUAUCUCAGUCCGAUGA